AUGGCUCAACAAUUACAAUAGACGUGUCAAAAUCAAAAUUAUUUUAAUGGUUAUAUUUGACGCAGAAUUUGAUUUAAAAAAAAAAGUUGUGAAUUUCAAAAAAAGGUAUUUUGGAGAAAACUAUUUCAUAUUCUUUACCCGCUUUUUCAGCAGAUAGGUUUACAUCUUGUGUCAGGGCAAGUGUCAUGCAACAUGCAUGUUUCGAUAUUUUGUGCUUGGGCUAUUUUCAACGGUGGGACAGGAAAUAUCCUGCAAUUGUAGAGCGGCCCAUUAGCAUUUAAGAAAAACUGGACCCAAACCUUUGGAAAAAGAAGUUACCUUUUACUGUAUAAAUUCAUGCUUCAGAUCUUAUUGUAAUAUAUACUCUAUAUACCAUAUCGACUACAUCAUUAUUGUUGCAAAUGUUUAUAGUGUUAUCAAAAGUAGGCUAUAUUGUAUAUUUAUGCAUUACCACUGCCCUAUAAAAAAGUAAAUUAUUUAACUGUAAACAUGAAAUGAAAAGAGGUGACGCUAAGCCUCCAUAACAAAACCAGCGUGUAUGGAACGAAUGUUUCUUUUGCCGAGUGUUCCGGCGAACACAUUUUCAGGACGGACCUAGCUGCGUUCUCUGAACUAAUCAUUUGGGUGACAGAGUCAGUGUCAAGCUCCGCGGAGAACCAGAGAUGCCCAAAAAGAAAACCGGUGCCCGAAAAAAGGCUGAAAAUCGGAAAGAGCGAGAGAAGCAAAUACGAGCCAACAGGGAACAUGUUGACGUGGCUAAACACCCCUGCAACUCCAACAUGGAAUGUGACAAAUGUCAGAGAAAACAGAAGAACAGGGCUUUCUGUUAUUUCUGUAACUCUGUGCAGAAGCUGCCUGUCUGCGCUCAGUGUGGUAAAAUGAAAUGUAUGAAGUCAUCGGAUUGUGUUGUCAAACAUCCAGGGAUCCACAGCACUGGAAUGGGCAUGGUGGGCGCAGUGUGCGACUUCUGUGAAGCUUGGGUGUGCCAUGGUCGGAAAUGCCUGAGCACUCACGCCUGUUCAUGUCCUUUGACUGAUGCCGACUGCAUCGAGUGUGAGCGCAGUGUCUGGGAUCAUGGAGGGCGAAUCUUCCGCUGUUCCUUCUGUCAGAACUUCUUAUGUGAGGAUGAUCAGUUUGAGCACCAGGCAAGCUGCCAGGUUCUUCAAGCAGAAACAUUCAAAUGUGUUUCCUGUAAUAAACUGGGACAACACUCCUGUCUGCGGUGUAAGGCUUGUUACUGUGAUGAUCACACUAAGAGUAAAGUCUUCAAACAGGAGAAAGGAAAAGGUCCUCCGUGUCCCAAAUGUGGUCACGAGACACAGGAGACCAAAGACCUAAGCAUGUCAACGCGCACCUUGAAGUUUGGUCGACAGGCUGGUGCUGACGAUGACGACGGAUACUACGACGGUGCGUCUGGGUACGAUGCCUACUGGAAGAACGCAGCGUCCGGAGGUGGAGACCAACGAGACGACUACGGAGAAGAUGAUUACUACGAGGAAGACGAGUACGAGGAGGACGAGGAGGAGGAGGAGGAGGAGGAAGGAGAUGAAGAGGGCGAACAAGAAACUGCGUCCGAGUCGCUGGCUGGUCUUAAAUUGGAUGGUGCUGCUGCCUAAGCUGAUGGUGACUGAUGAGCUGGUGCAGCUGGAGCACGUGGUCCUCUAAACCCAAAGGAUCCUCAAGAAUUUAGAUGCACAAUUAAGACUGGAGAUGAAUAUUAAAGCUGAUGUGAUGUUUUAACUUUCCAUAUGUUACUUUGAAAGAGAAAAUAAAAUUUUUUAAACAAUAUUCAAGCAGCUGUAUAGAGACAAAAUGAAUAAAAGACUCAAAUAA